UGAUAUUCUUUCUCCUAGGAGUACGGAGACAGAAGAACAUAACAAUCACGGACACCAAGAACGUAUACUGCCUUUGCGAAACAGGACAGUACAUUUCAACAGAAUCAUGCCGAGGAAACCCAAAACAUACGAGGAACAAAUGGCAGCCUUAACUUUAAGGAGUCUACGGCCGAGACCACUUAAAAAGAAAAUAAGGUUGAAAGAGAAAAUCCCUCAUGGAAAACAUAUAGAGAUAACACCUGAAGCUCAACAAAAGGAUUUUCAUGAGAAUACAUCAUCUGUGGAUAUGGUUGAAGUUUCCACAGACCCAGCAGAUCAAGGAAACCCUGUUGAAGAAAGACAGCAGGUGCCUAUCAAGGAUCCUGAAGAAGAUAUUGAAGAAGACGACCCUAUGGAAGACCCUCAUUGCAUAAAUCAAAAUAAACCAACUGACGAUAAGCAGGAUGAGGACGAGAAUGAUCAAAAAUACGAACAAGAUACUGAGGAUGAAGACGAGGACGGAGAAAAUUUCUUUUUUACUCCGGAAUACAAAGAAUGGACGACAAAACUUCCAUCGAAAAUUAUAGAUACACGGACGGAUUUUCAGAAUAAAGUUGCCAAAUAUAAUUUGAUGAAAAAGGAGAAGUUGAAAAAAAUGGUUACACGGAACCGAGAAGCUAAGAUGCGAAUAAUGAAGAAUUUGGAAAAGAUGAAUGACAGAAAUAUAAAAGUACAGCAGUUUAUGAAAGGAGAAGAUGAAACACUGAACGAAGAAUUAAAGGAUAUUGCAAGAAUAUCAUUAAGAAGAUUCGAACUGAACAAAAUUACGUUGGACAAACUGGAAGACGAAGAAAUGAAGAUGAUCGAGGAUAGAAUAACUUUUAUUCAGGAAGUGUCAAAAUUAUCGAAAGAUUUGGCGCGUAUAAAUGAAUGCUACAUCUCAGAAUUGAUUGCGGAGGAUACUAACGAACAAUAUGAACAUUUAUAUGUAGAGGGCAUCCUAUAGUAACAAAGGAUUAAAAAAGUAGUAAAAUAUUUGAUUAAUGUAAAAAGUAGUUAAUAAAUAUAGUAUCUUUACACUCUAGUACAAUGUAGAGGAUCUUAGACAAGUCAUCAUUUGAAAGAUUUUUUUUUGAAAAGGAAAACAAUCCGAAAUAUUUUAUUUUCGAGAAGACAUGAAAAUAUGGAAAAUUUUUAAAUUUUAUUUUCCAGAGAAUAUGGCCCAAAAAUUAGUAAUUGAGUACAUUGACGAUAAAUUGAAUAUUAUCACCAAUGACCAAGGAAAUGACACUGAAAAAUCAAACGUCUGCGAGAACUUUAGAGUGAGAUGCAAAAUGGAACAUGCAGAAACAUUUGAAUUAGAACACUCGAGGAUUCGAUUAGAAAAUAUAGAAUUAAAAAAUCGAUUAUUUGUAAUG